CAAAAGUCAAAUCAAAUGUCAUUGUCAACCCAACCAAUAGGUAACCUAAAAAAUUCAAAAAUUUUACGAUUAUUACAUUGAUUGUAUUUAUUUAAUUAAUUAUUUUAAUAAUGGAUGUGGUUAAAUUAGUUGGCAAAUAUUUAAACACACCUGUGGGUACAGUGUGUUACAACACCGACAAAGUUUUUUUACAGGUUCUAACAACCGUCCUAGAUAAAGAGAAUAUUGAAGGACUUGCUACCAUCAUAUUACGGCUAGCGGCUAAGAGUGGGGUCUCCAUGAGUAAUGUGCAAACUUUAUUGAGUUAUCAAUGGUUAGAAUACUUAUCUAUGUAUGCAAACCAAGCGCACGCUAACCCGGCGUUUGCCAAAACCUUUCUCCAGGGAUUAAACAAAGGCUUACAGAAAAACACAUUUCUGACUGGGAAUCAUUUGACUAUAACUGAUAUUGCAGCAUAUUACACAAUAUAUCCUAUGAUGGAACGCCUCACAAUUUUGGAGCAGGAAUCUCUAGUGCACUUAUGCAGGUGGAUAAAACACUUACAAUCCAAGCCCAAGCUAUGUGGAAACAAGCCCCCGUUAUCAUUAAACACAUUAAACUUAUCAAUCCUAGCUCCAGCCGUGCAUUGAGGCAAACUUAAUUGUCCAUUAUUUUAUGUUAGUUAAUGUACUAAGGCUCAAAGCACAUUGUGGCAGAAUCGAAGUAAUGCAUCUUUUUCGUGUUAGCAUAACUUAAAAUUGGUGCUGACUGCUGAAUGCCAAUAUUAUGCAAUUCGAAGACUAAGAUAAGAUAAAGAUAAGAUUUUAUUUUGCUCAACAACAAAUAUAACUAAGUGGACGGACGACAUCAAGCGAGUCACAGGGAGCCACUGGAUUCAGGCGGCGCAAGACCGUUGCGUAUGGAAGUCCUUAUAAGAGACCUACGUCCAGCAGUGGACGUCUAUCGGUUGUUGUACCUUUCAGAGUAGCAUUUUUAUUUCAUCCUAGCUGAUGCCCGCGACUUCGUUCGCGUGAAUUUAGGUUUUCUGAAAUUUUGUGGUGACUCCUUGAUUUUCCGGGAUAAAAGUAACCUAUGUGCUAAUCCAAGAUAUUACCUAUCUCCAUUCCAAAUUUCAGCCAAAUCCGUUUGGUAGUUUUUGCGUGAAAGAUUAACAAACAUACACACACAUAUUUACACAUACAUACAUUACGUACACAAACUCGCCUUUAUAAUAUUAGUGUGAAAUGUGAUUUGAACUUUAUUUAGCUCACUUUUGAACACACACGUACAACUUGUCACACGUGUAUCUUGCAGCGCCUUGUCAGACGCGCUUGUAAGGUUGCGAGACCUGCAAAGAUAAGUUCGUCUUCGUUCGUUCACUAGUUCAAGCGAACACGACGGAAUGAAUGAAGUUCAGUAAACCUUGCACUGCUAACAUAAUAUGUAUUAUUUGCACGCAUCGCGUCGCGUCUAUUCCCUUGUGUGCUUUGAGCCUUUAUUAAUUUGCACUAAAUUUUGAAAUGGAAAAUAAGAAGACAUUUUACAAUCCA